GUAUUCUGGGAAGAAGAAUUAAUCGAGCUAUUCAAUUUUCUAUGUUAUGAUGCCAGAUUGUUUUUCGUGCGUAUUGUCGAUGAUAUAAUAAUAUUGUGUCAAUAUUUUUAGUUGAUUAUCAUUUUUAUUAUACAAAUAUGAUUCUAAUAUACAUGUAUAGUUUAUGAAUUCUAAUACUUAGUCUGUAGUGGUGCUGGCAAUAUCGGGAAAUAGAAGCAAAAAAACAAAUAUAAUACUCGAGUAGUUUCUUGGGUUGUAUUACCAGAACGUUUUCAGGAAAACAGUUUUGAACAUCUUGUGGAUUUAAGAAAGGAUUUAAGAAAGUCGAGAAAAAAAAGAGAAAAAACUUAAACUAGUAUUUUUUUUUGUACAAUCGAUACUAAACCCAAACUAUUGGAUUUUUAUGUGCCAACUUUUUUCUUAGCAAAUCUACACUCUUUUACUUUAAUAAAAGAAGGUUAAACAGUUUUUUUCAUAAGCCGCAACUUACUUCUGUAACUUGUAAACCACGGAUAUGAAUACGAUCACGUUGUCACACACUUCUCGCAUAUAUUUGCCAGUACUGUAGCCGGUAUCUUCAUCGAUCCAUAUAUUUAGCCCGGGACACACUUUUAAACACCACGAAAAAAGGUCAAACGACUAAUACGAUCAUGGCCGUUUGUUAUCUCGGAGUCAACUUCCGGAGGGUCGGAUAAAUUUUAAAUCGAUAUAUAUCAGUUAUCAGAGCCCAGCUGUGGAAUCGAUGAUUUCGAAACAAAAAUGAGAAAACAUUUUAAUUUCUAUUCAAACUAAUUGUCCAUACAGCGAGAUAAAACUUAUUUAAAUAUUUCCAAGAUAAAUAUAAAUAAUGUUACAAAAUAUUAUCAACAUAAUGUCGCAUUAUAUUGGCAAUGGAAAACACAUUUUACAAAAUAUUUACAGCACUCAAACGUCCAGUCGUUUGGUUAAAUUUAAAGAGGAAUAAUUCUACGAUUGAUAAUAAGGAGACACCAUGAACGAAGAAAAUUAAACUAACAACAUUUCGUAAGUAUGAUAAUAAUUAUUUAUCGAUAGGUUUUAUUUGUAGCGGUUCUGAAGAACAAAAACCACAAUGCGUGAUAUGUUUUGAAGUAUUAUCAAACGAGGCACUAAAACCAUCAAAACUAAAAAGACAUCUAGAAACCAAACAUAAAGAACAUAUUACGAAAACCAUUGAUUUUUUUAAAAAUAAAGAAUAUGAAUUAAGGAAAAAUAUGAAAUGUAUUAAAAAAUCUUCAACAAGUUAUAGUAAUGAAAAUGCCGUUAAAGCUUCAUUUGCCGUUUCUUUACUUAUUGACAAAUCAGGGAAACCUCACACAAUUUCUGAGGAUUUAAUAUUGCCCACUGCAAAAGCUAUGGUUUCUAUAAUGAUCAGUAAAGAAGCAGCAAAUAACAUAAAUUUAAUUUCGCUACCAAAUGAUACAAUAAAAAAACGAAUUGAUAGUUUAUAAGGAAAUAUUAAAGAACAGUUGUUGAGAAGAAUAAACGAAUGUGAUUAUUUUAGUCUCCAAUUAGAUGAAAGUACUGAUAUAACUAAUAAAUCUAUAUUACUGUGUUAUGUAAGACACAACUACAAAAAUACCAUUUUCAAAGACAUUUUAUUUGUAACCUCUGUUAUACAUACAACAGCAGAAGAAAUAUUUACCAAAAUACGAAAUAAAUGAAUUUAUAAUAUUAAAUGAAAUUGAAUGGACAAAAUGUGUAGGAGUUAGUACAGUUGGUGCUCGAGCAAUGUCAGUAAAAAUUUCUGGAUUAAUUGCACGCAUUCGAAAUAUUAUACUAUCAGUUACAUGGCAUCAUUGCUGUAUUCAUCGUGAAGCUAUUGUCUCUAAGAAAAUACCAACAAAAUUAAAAGAAGUUUUAGAUGAAGCUGUAAAAAUUGUGAACUUUAUAAAAGCCAAAUCAUUAAAUUCAAGACUUUUUGAACAACUUUGCAAGGACAUGGAUAGUGAACAUUAUCAACUUCUAUUACAUUCUGAAAUUCGUUGGUUAUCUCGAGGUAAAGUGCUCUCUCGUUUGUUUGAGUUUAGUCAUGAGAUUAGAUUAUUUUUCAUCGAACAUAAAUCAUCGUUUACGUUAAGUGAACGUUUAAAUGAUUUUUCUAGGUUGGCCAGUUUAGCGUACCUUUCAGAUAUAUUUGCUCAUUUAAAUGUACUUAACUUGAGUCUUCAAGGGUCCCAUGUUACAAUUUUUAAAGUUGAAGAUAAAAUUGAAGCGAUGAUAAAAAAGUUGGAACUAUGGAACCUUCGUCUAUCAAAGAAAAAUUACGAUUCAUUUCAAUACCUCAAUAGUUUCCUUGAAUUGACCAAAGAAGAAUUAUCCGGAGAAGUUUCCAAAUACAUCAAACAACAUAUUGAAGAUCUACAACGAAGCUUCCAUGAUUAUUUUCCUGUUCCAGACACAAAUAGAAACUGAAUUAGACACCCUUUUGAAAUUGAUAUAACCCAAAUUAAUGGACUGACAUCACUGGAAGCAGAUAAUCUUAUAGAAAUUUCUACAAAUGGUAGUUUAAAAUUACAAUUUAAUCAAAAGUCGUUAGAAAAUUAUUGGUUGCACGUACAAAAAGAUUAUCCAGUAUUAUCAAGUAAAGCUCUGAAAGUUUUAAUUCUGUUCCCCACAAUUUAUUUAUGUGAAAAGGUCUUAUCCGCUCUUGUAUAUGUCAAAAACAAGUUUCGCAAUCGUUUGGAAAACGUAGAGUCCGAACUUCGAUUAAAACUUUCAAAUAUUGAGCCUAAUAUAGAAAAAUUAAUGUCAGAAAUGCAAUAUCAUCCUUCACAUUAAGUAUACCUAUAAUAAUUUUAAAUUAUAUGAUUAAUUUCAAAUAUCAUAAAAGUAAAACGAUAAUUAAUUUUCUA